ACAAAAAACGUAAAGAAGAAAAAUUGCCCCCAAAUAAAUCGGUUGCGACCCUCCUCAUCUUGUCCGUGUGGUGACGGCGGCGAAUUUUUGUUUGAUCUAAUAAGUAAUCGGAGACACAUAGUUGUUAUCUUCAUCAACUACUGAGGUAUCAGAUAAAAAUGCAAGGUAGUAUCUACUCAAGGUGUUUUAGGGCUGGGGAGUUGCUGCUUCACAAAGCAGAAAACAUGAUUUUGAAUUACAUCCCUUCUCGCCCUUUACAUUCACAAGCGCUAAAACCCUCAACUUAUCUUCAUCAUCAAUAUCGUAUUGCUACAAGACGUCUUUCAAUCAAUAAACGAAACCCAUGGGAUUCUUCAAGAACCACUUCUACUGGCUUUAAGCAAAUCAAGGCAUUCAUUUCCGAUUUCCCUGCUAAAAACCCUGAUGGGAAGCCAAAUGGGUAUGCCAUGUUUUCAACAUCUUCAAGUGAUGAUGAUGGCUCAAAAAAGCCUGUUGUCAACAAGGAAGAAACUCAGGCUGCAGCGGAAGGCGAUCAAAUAUCUGAUGCGAGAAUUAUAAGCACUCUGGCUAAAUACUUGUGGAUGAAGGAUAAUUUUGAGUUCCGGUUUCGGGUCAUUGCUGCCUUGAGUUUACUAGUUGGUGCAAAGGUUGUGAAUGUUCAAGUGCCAUUCUUGUUUAAGCUUGCUGUUGAUUGGUUGACAACAGCAACUGGUAAUGCUAGCGCUCUUGCGGAGUUUACUACUGCCAAUUCUACUGUUUUGGCUCUUUUUGCAAGUCCUGCUGCGGUUUUGAUUGGGUAUGGUAUUGCAAGAUCUGGGGCAUCCGCUUUCAACGAAUUGCGAACUGCAAUUUUCUCAAAGGUGGCGCUCCGCACUAUUCGGUCAGUUUCACGGAAGGUCUUUUCGCACUUGCAUGAACUUGACCUGCAAUAUCACCUUAGUCGAGAAACGGGUGGUCUUAAUCGGAUCAUUGACCGUGGUAGCCGAGCAAUCAAUUUUAUUCUUUCGUCAAUGGUAUUCAAUGUUUUCCCGACGAUAUUAGAGAUAUCAAUGGUAUCAGGUAUACUUGCAUACAAGUUUGGAGCACCCUUUGCAUGGAUCACAUCACUGUCUGUGGCUGCAUAUAUCGCUUUCACCUUAAGUAUUACCCAGUGGCGAACUAAGUUUAGGAAGGAGAUGAAUAAAGCUGAUAAUGAUGCAAGCACACGAGCAAUAGAUUCUCUUAUCAAUUAUGAGACUGUUAAGUACUUUAACAAUGAGGUGUAUGAAGCUGAGAAGUACGAUCACUUUUUAAAGAGAUAUGAAGAUGCUGCCUUAAAGACACAACGUAGUCUUGCAAUCUUAAACUUUGGGCAAAAUGCAAUAUUCAGCAUAGCUCUCUCAGCUGCUAUGGUUUUAUGUUCAAAUGGGAUUAUGAAUGGUCUCAUGACUGUUGGUGACUUGGUCAUGGUAAAUGGGCUGCUGUUCCAGCUAUCGCUUCCACUGAAUUUCCUUGGAAGCGUAUAUCGUGAGACUGUCCAAAGUCUAGUGGACAUGAAAUCAAUGUUUCAGUUACUAGAGGAAAGAGCUCAAAUCAGAGAUGCAGCCGAUGCGGAAUCUCUUAAGUUAAGUGGGGGUAGCAUUCAAUUUGAGAAUGUUCACUUCAGUUAUUUGACAGAAAGGAAGAUUCUAGAUGGGAUCUCUUUCAUUGUUCCAGCUGGAAAAAGUGUAGCUAUUGUAGGAACAAGUGGCAGUGGCAAAUCAACCAUUCUUAGAUUGCUCUUCAGAUUCUUUGACACUCAUUCUGGAAAUAUAAGAAUAGAUGGUCAAGAUAUUCGGAAGGUUACUCUUGAGAGUCUUCGGAAAUCUAUUGGCGUUGUUCCCCAGGAUACUGUUCUUUUCAAUGAUACUAUAUUUCACAAUAUCCGCUAUGGGAGUCUCUCUGCCUCCGAGGAGGAGGUUUACAAUGCUGCUCGACAAGCUGCAAUCCAUGAAACUAUUAUAAAAUUCCCACAGAAGUAUGCUACAGUGGUGGGAGAACGUGGACUAAAGUUAAGCGGUGGUGAGAAGCAAAGAGUUGCACUAGCGCGUGCAUUCCUUAAAGCACCUGCGAUAUUGCUUUGUGAUGAAGCCACGAGUGCACUUGACAGCACGACAGAAUCAGAAAUAUUAAGUGCUUUAAAGUCUCUAGCAAAUAAUCGAACUGCAGUUUUUAUUGCCCAUAGGCUCACUACAGCUAUGCAAUGCGAUGAGAUCAUAGUCUUGGAGAAUGGGAAAGUGGUGGAACAAGGGCCACAUGAAUUUCUUCUAUCAAGGCCUGGGAGGUAUGCACAACUUUGGUCACAGCAGAAUACAGUGGAUGGACUUGAUGUGGCGAUCAAGUUAAACACAUGAAUAUCGCCUCUUCUUGUUCUUUCAGGAAAUGAACAAAUUAUGAUUUGACCACCGAGUUCGCCCAAUCAUCUCACUUCUUUCUUCAAUUCCAAUAAAGGAUAUCAAUUUCCGAUAACCACUUUCACCCUCCCUUGUCGUAUUUAAUCCGUUGAAGUAGUGGGGCAGGAUUUACUUCCUCAGAUUCUAUAGGACAAAGAAGCCAGUCCCAAGGACUGCUAAUAUGAAGGAAGGAUGAAAUUUAUGGUUCUCCCUAUUUCUUGCUUUAUACGCUUCUUGUGAGGAUGGAACAGGUCAAACUAAUCUUCUCAAUGAUUAUAGUUUAUACAGGCAUUUAGUUUUGUUAGUAGUGGUGAUAUUUGCAAUUAACUAGAAAUAGCGAUGUAUUAAUCCGUGUAGUGUUCAUUUGUUAUUUUUCGAGAGCCAAGGAUUGUGAUUUAUGAAGUUCAGAACCCCUAGCUUACUGUUAAGAUCCAUUCUUUGGCUUUGUAGUGGAAUACUGGAAUAGACAGUGUACACCUCCACAAAACACAUUAAAUAGUGUUUAGCAUCUUAAAUGUCGCUCACUUAGGGAUAAUAAUGUUAGUGUAGGCUUCUCAUAGUCUUUAUUCGAUAUGUUUCAAAUCUUAAAUAUUGUACUUCUAAAGCAUUUUGCUGCAUGCAGUUGAAGAUGUUGUGAUUUAGAGAA